AUGUAUAAGAAUACAGGACUAGAAUGGGGAAUUAGUAAAUGCGCCGCUGUACACAUCAAGAGAGGAAAGCAAGAAGUAUGUCARGAACUCCCUCUGACCAGUGGACAGAAAAUACCAGUCCUUGGAGAAGACKACUACUACAAAUUUCUCGGGAAAUUUGAAAAUACAACGCAACUASAACAURAAAUCCAGAAAAUGGCAGGUCGCGAGUACCUAAGACGACUUUCUGUGAUAUGGUCAUCACCACUAUCAAUACCUCGAAAGAUCACAGCCACAAACCUUUUUGCAAUGCCAGUUCUCUUGUACCAUAUGUGGACAACCGAAUGGAAUAUCCAACACCUGCAAGAGCUUGACAGAAAAACACGGGCAAUCGUGAACGAAAAUCGUUGCAAACAUCAUCAUGAGUCGAAAGCUAUACUCUACCUCCCAUGUCACAAAGGAGGCAAAGGUCUUCAACAGAUAGAAAUGUUGUACAARGUAACUAAGAUGAAGACAGCCCACUACAUAACAACUAGCACAGACCCACAUGUUAAAAUGGUCGCCACUUUCCAACAGUACAAGGAAGCGAAAUCAUUAAGAUCAAUCAUAAAAGAUGCCAAGAUAUAUGCUGACCAACUAAACCUAGACGUAAAUUACAACAUAACUGAACGCUCUACUACCAUCAAAUCAGAUGAAGCAACAACAAAGAUCACCAAGUGCCAACCAAGACACAUAAAGCCAGUAUUAAAGAAAGAAGCUGAAAGUAAGUUAGAAAAAGAAGUGAAUCAGCAACCGUGGAUAGGCCAGUACCUAGUUAGGCAAUGGCAUAAUAAGGAACUUGAACGAAAGUUAUAA